UUUUAUGCUUCUUCUCUUUUUUCUUUUUUUUCCUAGACCAUCAAAAAUAAAAAAUAAAAAAAAUUGCGUUAGAAGAAAAAUGAGAAAAUUUGUUUCCUUAAGAUUGACUAGCUUAAUUUUGGCUGUUUUUCUUCUUAUGCAUGCUCUAAGAAAUUCCUUAGCUCAUGCUCAUCAAGCUAAGGUAUCGAAUGCCCUAUUGAGGAAAAAUCAAGUUUUUGCAAGAAAGGAACUUGGUGAAUCCAAUAAUCAUGUCGAAAAGGCAAGAAAAGAAGCUAUGGUAGGAGGAAGGAAAAUGAUGAUUACUCACCAUGAAGUUCAAGAGGAUGAUCAUAUGGCAACAACGAAGAAGAAUCCAACUCCGGUGCUCUCAGGAAAUGAUCAAGAGAGAAAUGCUUUGAAGAUCAACUCUUCUGUGAGAUUUCAUGAUAAAUCACACAAUAAGUUAGAGAAGAAGGCAACACUAAGCAACACCAACAAGGCAAAAACUACUCAAGAUUACUAUACAAAAGCUAAAAAAGAUGAUGAAUCAAAGAGACUCUUAGAAGCGGCUAAAGAGAUUAUGAAGCUAAUGCAUAAAGAUUACCGAGGAAGGGGAAGACCUAAGAGAAGGCCACCCAUUAACAACCAUAAUCCCAGACACUAAAACAAAAUUAGCUCUUAAUUAACCUCAGUUAGGUUUUAAGGUUCACAAUUUUGACCCUUUGUAGCUAGUGAAUCUUUAAUCUUCACUGAGUAUAUAGUCCUGUAUUAUUUGCCUUUUUUUUUUUUUUUUUUUUUUUUUUUGCGGCUUGCUUUGCAACUUAUUUCUAGUUAUUUUAGAUUAAUGUAUUAGGCUAUAAAAGGAACAUAGUAUAGGUCAUGGUCUUACAUGACAUAUAUAGCAGCACAGUUUUUUGUUAGGAUUUUGUACAAUAUAUAUGCUCAACUUCUUCCUUUGUAUCAAGUUUAGCGGAAUUAAAUAAUACGAAGUAGUAUCUGUGUUACUCAGAUGGUAUUGCU